AAAAAACUUCUCUCCAAUUGUCUGCUUCUAGCUCCGGCGCUAGCCAGCCAUCCACCACAAUGUCACUCUCCAUUUUUCUUUUUCCUCCAUUUAUAGAGCCUUCGUGCUCGUCUAAAAGUGCCCAGAUCUGGUCCAUUUUGUGUUUUAGCCGCUGCUUCAACAAUGACUGUGAAGCCACGCCACACCACACCACACCACAUCUCCCUUGUUAAUGUCAAUCCAAUCAACAAAAUUAUUACUCCCACAAAACUUCAUUUUUUCCCGAUAAAUUUCAUUGAUGGGCUUUUUUCAUUUUAUUUUUCUCCUAUCCUGUAGUAUUUCUUGGUUGCUGCAUUCUUGAUAAAAUGAAGAAUCAUACAUGAGGUAACACAAUUUGCAGAAAUUAUCAGCGCAGUAGCUUCAAAUGAUUUUAUUUUUUUUAAAAAAUUGUUAUGUAAAAUGAGAAAUUAUUCUAGGUUGGGUCAAUCGGAUCAAUUUUCAUUGAUUUAAUGAGGGGUACAGCUGAUAAAUUUGUUAACGGUAGGGGUUAAGUAUAAUUUUAUUUUAACUAAUAAAUGAAAGUUGAAAGUACUUUUGAAUUAUUUUCCUUUUUUUAUUUAGUCAUGGCACAAAUUAACUGGUGGAAUUAUCCGUACGGAAUACUGGUAAACUUCAUAAAAAUUUACUCCAUGAUACUAUCAAAUAAUGGUCCAAGGAUACAAUAAUUAAGCAAGGAAAAAAAGUUGUUAUGUGGUGAUCGUCUCCUUUAGUUUCUGUGGUGAAGCUUAUCUGAAUAUAUCUCUUUACUUAAUUCCCAUUUUCUCCUAAUUACUAAAUUUAGAAAAAAUGGAGUUUCCUUGGUAUUCUGUUGUUGUUCCUCUGAUUGUUUUCCUUUUCUUUCUUCAUAACUGCUUAUUUACCAUUUUUAAUACGAGUAACAAAAAAUUACCACCAUCUCCAAGAAAGCUCCCAAUCAUAGGAAAUUUGUAUCAACUUGGGUUGCAUCCUCACCGUUCUCUCUAUAAACUAUCGAAAAAAUAUGGUCCAGUCAUGCUACUUCACUUGGGCAGUAAACCAGUUCUGGUUGCUUCCUCUGUUGAUGCUGCUCGCGAUAUCUUGAAAACUCAUGAUCUCGUAUGGUCAACCAGACCAAAAUCUAGCAUCGCUGAUGGACUCCUUUAUGGAUCCAAAGGUGUGGCCUUUAGUAAUUAUAGUGAAUAUUGGAGACAAGUUAGAAGUGUCAUCGUGCUUCACCUUCUCAGCAACAAAAGAGUACAAUCUUUUCGUGAUAUCAGAGAAGAAGAAGUAUCAAACAUGAUUGAUGAAAUCAGGAAAAGGAGUACUAGUUCUUCGAAUUCAGUGAUAGAUAUGAGAGAUGUUUUAAGUUGUAUGACUAAUAAUAUAAUCAACCGAGUGACAAUAGGAAGGACAUACAAUGAAGGGGAAAGUGGAAGAGCUGUUAAGGCUCUAUUAGAAGAUCUUCUUGCACUUUUAGGUACUUUUAACAUUGGGGAGUAUAUUCCAUGGCUUAAAUGGCUCAAUAAAAUCAAUGGUCUUGACAACAGAGUGAAGAAAGUAGCUAAAGAUUUGGAUGCAUUUUUAGACAGCGUGAUUGAAGAACGCGUGGUUAGAAACAAAAAAGCAGAAAACAGUACGGGUGAGGCUAAAGAUUUCGUGGAUGUUUUGCUGGAAAUUCAGAAUGGAAACGAAACUGGCUUUCCGCUUCAAAGGGAUUCAUUGAAAGCUAUUCUCUUGGACUCGUUUAUUGCUGGUGUGGAUUCAAUAUAUACAACUUUAGAGUGGAUAAUGAUAGAGCUUUUGAGGAAUCCAAGAGCCAUGGAGAAAUUACAGAAUGAAGUGCGAGGAUUAGUCCAAGGGAAAGCAGAGAUAACAGAGGACGACUUAGGAAAUAUGUUGUAUCUCAAAGCAGUAAUCAAAGAGAGUCUCAGGCUUAAUCCACCGUUUCCAAUACCAGUUCCUCGAGAAUCAAUGGAAGACGUAAAAUUACUAGACUAUAACAUACCUGCUAAAACUCAAGUCCUUGUUAAUAUUUGGGCAAUCGGAAGAGACCCAUUAUCAUGGGAUGAACCAGAGGAGUACCGGCCUGAAAGAUUCUUGAAUAGUGAUAUUGAUUUCAGAGGACUAAACUUUGAGUUGAUUCCGUUCGGAGCUGGCAGGAGGGGUUGCCCAGGAAUUCCUUUUGCUAUUGUGAUAAUUGAGCUAACAUUAGCAAGGCUUGUGAACAAAUUUAAUUUUGCAUUACCACAAGGAAUAAAAAAAGAGGAUUUGGAUAUGAGUGAAUGCACUGGCAUCUCCAUUCGCAGGAAAUUGCCUUUACUAGCAGUGGCAACUCCGUGCAGUGUUUAGUUUUUUUCCUACAAUUUCUUAUAAUGACAUAAAAUAUAAAUAAGUAUAUAUGUAAUAAGUAGUAAACUACUUUUAGUUAGUAUUUUGAAACCCAUUGAAAAGGGCAGUGCGAGAGAAUUUCAGAAUUCACUUAUGUAAUAAGUUUACUGGUUGGCUCCUUUU